AUGGAUUAUUUCUCCGUGAUUUUCUUUCUACUGUUGCUGGCUUGCCAAGGAGCUCCAGAAGCAGUGGCCUUGGGCACCGAGGAGCUCAGCACAGGAGCUGAAAACCCUGGGGCCAAGCCCCCUUCCAGUGCACCCUGGCGGCCUCACCGCUCUAAGCGCUGCUCCUGCUCCUCUCUGAUGGACAAGGAGUGUGUCUACUUCUGCCAUCUGGACAUCAUCUGGGUCAACACUCCCGGGCACAUCGUCCCGUAUGGCCUUGGAAGCCCAUCCAGGUCCAAGCGCUCCUUGAAGGAUUUAUUUCCUACCAGGGCAGCCUACCACGAGAACAGAUGCCAGUGCGCUAGCCAAAGAGACAAGAAGUGCUGGACUUUUUGCCAAGCAGGAAAAGAACUCAGAGCCCAGGACACCGUGGAGAAAAUCAGGGAUGACCAUAAGAAAGGAAAAGACUGUGCCACGCUUGGAAGGAAAUGUAUAUUUCAGAAGUUGGUGGAAGGAAGAAAAAUAAGAAGGUUGGAGGCCAUCAGCAAUAGCGUCAAGACAUCCUUCCAUGUUGCCAAGCUGAAAGCUCAACUCUACCGGCAGCAGAAAGUCACCCACAACCGAACCCAUUGA